UGGCAAAAAAAGUGGUCGUAGUAAAAAAUGGAGGGAAAUGCUGAAGCUGCCCCCUGUCAGCCAGUGCAGCGAGCUUAGACAUUCCAUUGAAAAGGAUUAUAGCAGUCUUUGUGACAAGCAGCCAAUAGGAAGACUUCUCUUCAGGGAAUUCUGUGAUACACAACAUGAUCUAAAAGGAUGCAUUGAAUUCCUGGAUGCAGUGUCAGCAGUCCCUUUACCAGAAAUACCUUCCCAUGUUUUGAGAGAAUGUCGGUUGAGACUGAAGCAGGACCCCGGCAAGGACGACUUUGAGGAAUGCACCAGAAUUAUCCAUAACUAUUUAAGUGGAGAACCAUUUGGGGAAUACCAAGAAAGCCCAUAUUUUUCUCGAUUUCUACAGUGGAAAUGGCUGGAAAGGCAACCAGUAACAAAGAACACAUUUAGGCAUUACAGAGUUCUAGGAAAAGGCGGAUUUGGUGAGGUUUGUGCGUGUCAAGUGCGGGCUACAGGAAAGAUGUAUGCGUGUAAGAAGCUGGAGAAAAACAGAAUAAAGAGGAGGAAAGGUGAAGCCAUGGCUCUCAGUGAAAAGAGAAUCCUAGAAAAAGUGCAUAGCAGAUUUGUAGUUAGUUUGUCCUACACUUAUGAAACCAAAGAUUCCUUGUGCUUGGUGCUAACCAUUAUGAAUGGAGGGGACUUGAAGUUUCACAUCCACAACCUGGGCAACCCUGGCUUUGAUGAGCAGAGAGCUAUUUUCUAUGCUGCCGAGCUGUGCUGUGGCUUGGAGGAUUUACAGAGGGAAAGAAUUGUGUACAGAGACUUAAAGCCUGAGAAUAUUCUCCUUGAUGACCGUGGGCACAUCCGGAUCUCAGACCUGGGUUUAGCCAUGGAGAUCCCGGAAGGGGGGACCAUCCGAGGAAGAGUGGGGACCGUCGGCUACAUGGCUCCUGAAGUUAUCAAUAAUGAACACUAUACAUUUAGUCCUGAUUGGUGGGGACUUGGCUGUCUGAUAUAUGAAAUGAUUGAGGGACAUUCUCCAUUCAGAAAAUUCAAAGAGAAAGUCAAGCGAGAGGAGGUGGACCGAAGAGUGAGGAAGGACACCGAGCAGUAUUCGGAGAAGUUUUCGGAGGAUGCCAAGUCUAUCUGCAAGAUGUUACUCACCAAGAAUCCCAAACAGCGGCUGGGCAGCAAGGCUGGAGCGGCAGAAGUGAAAGCUCACCCCGUGUUCAAGGACAUUAAUUUCAAGAGGCUGGAAGCAAAUAUGUUAGAUCCGCCUUUCUGUCCUGAUCCGCAUGCCAUUUACUGUAAGGACGUCGUGGAUAUCGAGCAGUUCUCCACGGUGAGAGGAGUCUACCUGGACACCACGGAUGACACGUUCUACAGUCAGUUUGCUACGGGCUGUGUCUCCAUCCCCUGGCAGAAUGAGAUGAUCGAAUCGGGUUGUUUUAAGGACAUCAAUGAAGAGGAGCCUGAAGAAGACAUGGUGUUGAAUAUAGAAGAGAAAACGUAUCCCAGACCGAAGAGAGGCUUCUUCUACAGACUCUUCAGGAGAGGGGGCUGCAUUAGCGGUGGCCCCAGCGAGAAGGAAGAGUUGCCCGCAAAUCUGUGACCACUCACUGCAGAGCCCGACCCAGCACCAAGGAGCCUGUGCUUAGCGUUUCAUCCCGUCCCUGAGCUGCAAUAAACACAUGACACAGCUUAACACGAGCCGUGCGUCUGCAGAUGUCUCUAUAUUCGUACCUGAAUCAUGUGUUCACCAAAGCUGGGUUGAAGGAAAAGGCACUUGAGGACUGUUCUGAUGCCCAGAAGCCCCGUGUGGACAUCUUGUGGCGGGGGCCCAAGGCCCCAUGUGUGCCCACAGAGAGGGGAGAAGAGUGGGCGUGGACAUCAGCUCAACAGUGUCCAGAGCCAAGGGUCGUGUUCCUCACCCCAGAGUGUCCUCUGGUGCCCACCAAGGUGGGAGGCAGGGGUGCCCCCUUUCCCCAGAAAGUCUUUGCCUUUCUGCAUCCACACCGACAUCCGCUUACUUGCCAAGAUUCUCCUGUGUGAGGAGUGCGUGUUCCUGUGCACGCGCGUAAAGAGGGUGUGGGCAGGACUCCGGGCCAGGGCUUGGCUGUCGGCCGCUGCUUCCCCAACUCCGGCAGCCUGGGAGUCUCCCGGACUGUGCGGUGCCUUCGGGCCUGAAGCACAGGGGAAGGCGGGGCUGGGAGAGGCCCGUGCUUGGGCCGAGGGCGACAAGCCCCCUCCACGCUUAGCAGUUUAGGAGCUCACUUCCCACACAGGCUAAGGGAUGUCGGGAUUCCAGGGUCAGUAAUCCUUCCCUCUGCCAGGACUGCCCCAAGAGGAAGGUGGCCCCUUCCCCGUGGUGGGAACGUGGGCUCUGUUGCCUGGGGAGGGGAGCUGGCGCCCACAGGCCUUGUGAAGACCAUGGGGGGCAUGCAGAUUCUGGGGGGAGGUAGCCCCGAGGCACCGAAGCGGGGCUUCCUCCCCUAUCCGCACGUGCGAGGCCCGCAGCAGGGGCUGGGUGAGAAACCAGGGGCCAGGCCUCUGUGACUCUCACCAAACAGCAAGGACUUGGUCUGGAUCCGGAGACCCCGCCACAUGGCUGUGUGCAGGAAAGUGAGCCGGGGUCAGCCGCGUGCCCGGGUUCAGUGUUGCUGUCCUGCAGCUGUGUGUCCCCAGGCACCUGAACCCAGACGGUGCUUCCGGGAGUGCUGGUGACGUGUGCACGCAUGUUCAUGGCUGUCUGGAACACAGCAGCCCUGGGGCCGCGCUUCAGAGGAAAGCACCCUGGCCGUGUCCUGCGAGACCAGUGGAGGCUGAUCCUCAGCUUGCUUUGUAUCCGGGUGGGGAGAGGGAGGAGUGACCUUGGGGUCCGGGGCCUUUAUUUUAGGGAUGGCUUCUCUUCAGAUUGGGGCCCUCAUCUCGGUUUGAGGACAGCAGGAGGUGGGGGACGGAGGCCCAAGGCCUUCAUAAAGCAUUUAGUAGAGUGUUUGGUAUGUGCUACCCACUCAGUAAAUCCGUUAAUAAUUGUGGAAGAGUAAUGCGUGCUCAUCGUAAACAAUGCAGGAUGGUUUAAAGAAAAUAGAAAUCACCUUUAUUCCUACAACCUGCUUAUAUUCUGAGACCUUUUAGACCUUCUGUUAUCAGUGUGGACAUAGGGGCAGUGGUGCGCUUGUCUGCCCCAUCCCUGCCCGGUCACCAUGGGGUGGAGAGCCCCUGCCCGCAAAGCCCUGGCAGGGAGGGAGCCUGGGGGCCUGUCUGUGCCUGUGGGGCACAGCUCUGGAAACCAGUUAAGUCCUUUGUCCCCCCCCUUUUUUGUCUGCUUAAGCGAGUCUGAGUUGAGCGCCCCCAUGCCUGAGAGAAGCAUCCUGACUGAGACAGCAAAUCUGGGAAAGGAUUUUAUAAACACGGAACUUCACAUAUUGAUAUGUCAUUGUCUUCCUCCUCUGGUUAUAAGCAAGCACAUAUAUAUUAAGGAGAGUUUUGAAAUUAAAGCGUACACAAUGAAAAAUUCAUCUUUAAUAGCCACUAUCCAAAGAUAAUCCCUAUCAGCAUUUUAUUCUAUAUUUAUGUAAUCUGUAUUUAUUUCUUCCCAUGUCAUUUAAUAUCUGUCUCAAUUUUUUCUGCACAUUUAGGACAUCAUUUAUCAAUUGUUGCUUCCAGCUUCCUUGUUAUUAUAAACACCCAUGGGAUGGACAGCCCUGUACCUACAUCUUUGUGCACAUAUAUGAUAAUAUUUUUAGGAUAGAUUUGUAGCGGGGAAUCCCUUGGUUAAACUGUAUGAACAGGGGCCCCUGGGUGGUUCAGUUGUUAUGCUUCUGCCUUCAGCUUGGGUCGUGAUCCCGGGGUCCUGGGAUGGAGCCCCACAUCAGGCUCCCUGCUCAGCGGUGAACCUGCUUCUCCCUCUCCCUCUGCCUCUGUGAUCUAUCUUGCUCUUGUUCUCUCUCAUAUAAAUAAAUGAAAUUAAAAAAAAAUAAAAUGUAUGAACAACUGGAGUAAACCCUAUAAGAAAGAGCUAAAGGGAUUAAAAGUGGCUCUGUCUGGCAAGCGUUUCUCCUGGGACGGGCAGCAGUGGGCCGGAGGAGAGCUGUUUUCCUUAUAAGCACUGUCUGACUUGUCCUUUCGACCAUGUCUGUGUAUUAUUAAGAUAAAAAUAAACAUCGCAUUGUGAAAUUGUUUGUUUUCCCCAAAUAAAGCACAAUUACACUCUAAAAAA